CGGAAGCGGCGAGCGCAGCCAUGCGGGUCUCGGGGCCGUGCGCGGAGUGCGGGGCGGGGGACGCGGCCCGGUACCGCUGUCCGCGCUGCGGCAGCGCUUACCGGGGCUAACCGGGUGUGUCCGCAGAGCGCUGCGCAGCCGAGCCCCGGCAGGAGCGGGAGGCGGCCGGGCAGGAGCUCCCCCCGGGCCCCGCACAAAGCCCCUGGGCCCUGGAGGACAUCCUGGGCGAGGAGGACGAGCAGGACCGCGUCCCGCCGCAGAAACUGCAGCUCCUGGGAGAAUCAGCGGAGCUGAGGGAUUUGCUGCGGAACCCCCACCUGCGGCAGCUGCUGCUCACCCUCAACCAGGCUCGGGACAAAAGCUCCCUCCUGAGGAAGCUCAUGCAGGAGCCCCUGUUCGUGGAGUUUGCCGACUGCUGCCUGAGCAUUGUGGAGCCCCCCGAGGAGAAGGAGAACGUUCUCCCCGACUGAGCUGCUCUGGGAAUGGGGUUUUUUUUUGUCCUGCAGGAGCCAGAGCUGCUGCACUGUGUCCUGGCCACUUUGCCCGUGGGUGUCAGUGCUCUGAUCUCAGUUUGGAGCUGACAAACUGGGGCAGGGGUGUGUUGGGACACGUUUUUAGAUCCUGGGGGUUGAACUUGACACUCUCUGGACUUCUUUCCGUUGGCACAGAAAUACUGGCAGCCACGGGAAAUGUUGCUUCACAGUGACCAUAUUAAAUAUAUUUGCAUUUA